AUGACUAUUCGUGCGGCCGCGCGCCGCCUACAGUCGGUCAAAACUGUGCAACCUCUCUUCACAGCACGCUCUUUCAGCUCAACGUCGUAUGUUUGUAGCUUGCCUCGAGAUGAGAAAGCACGCAUUCUGAAAGAGACUUCACUGCCCACCCCCGAUCCCGGCCCAGAUUCUGCAACGGCCGCCUUUCUGCGAGACCGAACUCCAUACAUGGUGCCUACAUAUGUGCGUCCAACACCCGUAUUCGUCAAGGGACAGGGAGUCUAUCUCUGGGACAUGGAGAAUCGACGAUUCCUCGACCUCACAGCCGGUAUCGCAGUCAACUCGCUGGGUCAUUGUGACCCUGAAAUCGCAAAAGUGAUCUCAGAGCAGUCCGAGACUUUGAUCCAUGCCUCGAAUUUAUAUCAUAAUCCCUGGACUGGUGCGUUGAGUAAAUUAUUGAUCGAUGAAACUCUUGCGUCGGGCGGAAUGCGUGAUGCAUCCCAAGUGUUUGUGUGCAAUUCCGGAACGGAAGCCAAUGAGGCUGCAAUCAAAUUUGCGCGUAAAGUCGGCAAGACGCGCGAUGCUUCUGGCGAGAAAGUCGAGCUCGUCUCCUUCCAGGGCUCGUUCCACGGCCGUACUAUGGGCGCGUUGUCUGCGACCCCCAACCCGAAGUACCAGCAGCCAUUUGCGCCCAUGGUUCCGGGAUUCAAGUACGGCGCUUUCAAUGACGUUGAGCAGUUAGAAAGUCUCAUCACUGAAAAGACCUGUGGUGUUAUUGUGGAGCCGAUUCAGGGUGAGGGUGGCGUGAAUGUUGCUACGCCGGAGUUUUUGAUUGCUCUUCGCGAACGGUGUGAUCAGGUCGGCGCCGUGUUGAUUUUCGAUGAGAUUCAAUGCGGCCUGUCUCGUACCGGCACGUUCUGGGCACAUGGAAAUCCAGCAUUCACCCCCAAGGAUGGCAGCAAACAGGCCGCUCACCCAGAUAUUUUGACAACCGCCAAGGCUCUCGGUAACGGUGUCCCUAUUGGCGCUACUAUCAUCACAGAAAAGGUGUCGUCGGCCAUCAACACAGGAGAUCACGGCACCACUUUUGGUGGAAACCCACUCGUCUGCCGUGUUGCGCAUCACAUUGUCGAGCGAUUAGCUGCAUCUGAGCUCCAAAACGGUGUGGAAGUCAAAUCAGCACAAUUCAUUGCGGGAUUCAAAGCCCUACAAGAAAAAUACCCCGACAUCAUCGCCGAGGUUCGUGGUGUGGGUUUGAUUCUCGGUGUUCAGCUUUCCGAGAAAUACGCUUCCAAGGCUACUGAGGUGUUGACGGCGGCACGACAGCGUGGUUUGUUGGUGAUUACUGCUGGCGAGGGAUGUCUACGGUUUGUGCCGGCGUUGAAUAUUACGGAAGAGCAGAUUGAGGCUGGAUUGAAGGUUUUGCGGGAGAGUUUCGAGGCUGUUUUUACCGAGUAG